AGGGGCGUGGGCGCCGCCGAUAGCUAGCUUCGGGGACGGCCGGGAAAAUGACGGCCUUGGGGUCACCGGCGCGCACGUUGCGGGGCCUUCUGCGGGAGCUGCGCCACCUGAGCGCAGCCACCGGCCGACCCUAUCGCGACACCGCGGCCUAUCGGUACCUCAUGAAGGCUUUUCGUGCACAUCAGGUCACCAGUGAGAAGCUGUGCAGAGCCCAACAUGAGCUUCACUUCCAAGCCGCCACCUAUCUCUGCCUGCUACGCAGUGUCCGGGAACACAUGGCCCUGCAUCAGGAAUUUCACGGCAAGGGCGAGCGCUCAGUGGAGGAGUCUGCUGGCUUGGUGGGUCUCCAGUUGCCCCGUCAGCCUGGAGGGAAGGGCUGCGAGCCAUGAAAAUGGAGAUUUCCUUGAACACUUCCUUCAUACGAUAAUUUAAUCAUUUCUGUCUAUAUGUAUUUAUCAUUAAAUUGUUUUAAAGUCUGAGGCUUUUCUCUAUAGUUUUGUUGACUGGUUCUUAGAACAAUAAGCUGGAGAAGUUUUCAUUUUUACUCUCAGUGGAUUUACUGAACUUCAUACACUAGGCUGAUUGGUAUUCUUGACCUACUUUUCAAAGUAUUUUUUUUUUUUUAUUUUAAAGGUAAUAUAAGCCUUUUUUUUCCUCUUACAAGCCUGUUUUAAGGAAUUCAGAUGGUAUAGACAUAUGAAAGCCCUCUUUUCCCUUGCCCCGCCCCAUCUCCAUUACCAGGUGGUAACCAUUACUAACAGUUUAGUUUCUUUCCAGAUAUUUUCUGUCCGUAUACAAACGUACAAUUAUACAUAUACAUGUUAUUAAAAAAAUACAGAAGUGUGAUGCAUCAGGGUCCUGGCAGGAACCAAGUAGCACACUCAGGGUUAUCGAGGAGAAUUGAUGAAGGAGUACAUAUAAAGAUCGGGGCUGAAUUAUGGUAAGUCAGCGAGAUGCUGGAGCUCCUAGGGGCUAGCAGCAGUGGGGAGCUGUUGCCUCUCCUAGGCCUGACAGGAACAGCCACCACUACAGCCUGCUGGGAGGGUUGAAGGGGAGGUGGUGAUAUGAUACUUCCCUCCAUUUACCUUCUGAUCUCCCUGUCAAAUUGCUCUUCCUCUUGAACUCUCUAUUGGCGCCAAUUGCUCUGCCACACACUUGGCUGGCCAAGUGAAAACAAGCUUCACUGUAUUCCUCUCUCCUCACUCUCCACAUCUAAUCAGUUACCAGUUUCUGCUUCUGUAGUAGGUCAAAUCUCCUUUUCCCCUUCUCUGCCCUCACUGCCUCUGCCUUAGUUCCAGCACUGAUAAUCUUUUGGCUGAACUAUUAAAAUAAUUCCCUAAAUGAUCCCCUUGUUUCUAAUGCCCUGAAAUAAGAGUUCUUUUUCUGUGGCUCCUUUAUGGUAUACGCCAGAGCCCUAGUGGCACAGCGGUUAAGUGCUACAGCUGCUAACCAAAAGGUCAGUAGUUUGAAUCCACCAGCCCUAUGGCGCAGUUCUACAAUGUCCUAUAGGGUCGCUAUGGGUUGGAAUUGACAACAAUGGGGUUAUGGUAUAUGCCAGUUAUAAUUGUAGGUAUGUCUUAAAACCUCUUUUCCCUUGGACCAUGUCUCAUUCAUUUUUGUAGUGUCCAAAUCACCUUCCACAGUAACGCAUGCAUAGCAUACACUCAAUAAAUGUUUUUGAAUGUAUGGGUCAGCUAGCUGAGGAGUAUAACUGAACAACAGAACUAUUCAUAAAGCAUUUCAAAACACCAUCUCUUUCAUUUAAGAGAUUAAUAGUAUUAAGAGGUCAAACAAACAUUCAAUGGGUCAAAAAGACAAAUGUUCAACAUGCAUUUCUUGUUCCUUGCUUUAUUUCAUGGGCAUGUGUUUGUUAGUAUUGUCUAAAGAUGGUUUAUACUUCAGUUAGAGUGAAGAAAGCAAAAGGAUCAGGCUAUGUUGAGGAAGUUCUGAUUUCCUUUGUGGUUACGAUAUUGUAUAUACACUAAAACUUCAAAAGAGAUUUGAGGCAGAAUUCCUAACAGGGUAAGAAAGAAGUAUUACGGGUUUGGACUCACAUAGACCUAGGUCGUAAUCUAGCUUUACACUUUACCAGCUGUGUAAUCCUGGGCAGGUUAGUUGGCCUGAGCUUCUUCCUGCUUCUGUGGAACAGGAAGCUCUACCUCAUCAGGUGGUUGUGACUAAGUAAGAACAGUGUGUAUAUAAAGCACUUGCACAGCGCGUGAGUGCCUGACAAAAAGAAAAUCUUAACCGUUGUCAGUUUUUUACUCUCAUUCCAUUUUUUUCUUGUUCACCCUUCUCUAAGCCCACCAGUCUUCAGAAGACAAGUUAUUUCUUAUGGUUUAAAUAAUUCACUCAGACUAUUUUCUGUCCACAUAUAAUCAAUCUGUAUGUCCUAUUAACAGUGUCGUGAUCAAGAAUUAGCUGAACUCCCAGAAGGCAGAA